AUGGCAUUCUCGACUGCAGAGGAUAGCACUAUCCUGCUGCAGUUCAAGGCCCGCCUCAUUGUCGAAGGGCCUUUGACGGACGCGCUCCGGCCUGAAAGCUUCUCACAGGUAGAAGUGACAAUCGGCACGGGCGUGAUCAUGGGCAUACUUCUUUUUUUUUGCCUUGCGCUGAUGCAUGAGCUCUUCGUGGGAGCAGGGGGGAAGCCACUCUUGGCAAGGAGGGAUGGCAGCAACUCAACGCUGCUCCAGCUUGGCUUCUUGAUUGGCUGGUUCGUGCCUUUCGUCACCAAGUCGUUAUCGAUACCUAUUUCGCUGGACUAUGCGCUGGCUAUGGGAGAAUCCGCCACUGCAAGCGGAGUAAUGAUCGGGACCAUGCCAGUGGGUGCACUCAUCGGCACCUUGGCUGGGAAGAGAUUCACCAACGAACAGGACUGGGACCAACGCCAUGCUCGUAAGGUCUUUGUCUGCUGCUAUGGGCUUAAUGUGUGUGCCAUGCCUGCCAUUGCUUUGGUCAUCCAGGCCUGCAUCGGAUGGCAUGUGGAGGCCAAGCGCAUGGUUUUUUGGCUUGUAGUCUUCCUGACUUUUGUAGCCAAUGUGCUCGGUGGAAUGAUCAUGAUUCCGUGGUGCACCAUGUGGAAUCUGGUUACUCCCCACGAUGACAAGACAUUUUGGUCGAUGCUGGCCCAGUGUUCCAAAAACUGCGGCCUCAUCGCAGGUCCGAUUUGCUUUGCCAUGCUGAGCCGCUUCGUCCGGGGGAGCUACGCCAGUGAAGCAGUGUCUCCAAUCAGCAUGAUGAGCUGGGUAUACAUGGGCAUGUUCUUUAUCCAGGCCACUGAGUUAGCGACAGUCGCCAGCAUCCUUCCCACUCAAAUUCCGGAUACGAGGCCUCAGGCGAGUGAGGACAAGUGCAAUGCAAAGGAUGUCCCACAGGAGGUUCAGCCCGAGAGCUUGAGGGCAGACUCACGUGAGCAAAUCGUGUGGAAUAUGGUGUACUAUGCCUAUGAGCGAUGCUUCACCGUCUCGGCAAUAGAGGUGGCCACCAUAAUGCUCUUAGAGGUCUCCUACGGCUGGAGUCCUGAGUUCAGCGGAGCGUCCUUCAUGGUCAUUGCUUUUGGCAGUCUCUUGAUGACAGGCUUCUCUGCCCUUCUCAUGUCCUGGAAGCUUAUGAAUGAGCCUUUUAUUUUUUUGACGAUGGCCGGCCUGGGAGCAUGUGGUGCCAUUUUGUUCUUUGACUUUCACCUCGGCGCUGCUAGCCUGCUACUUGCUGAUGUCAUCGUCUAUGGUGGGGCCAGCAUUGCUACCGGCAUAGGUGAGGGAUGGGCCUGCCGUGCGGCAACCAAAGGUACAAGCUACGGCAUCGAAGUGUACCGUCUGCAUAGCACGGCUGGUGUUUGCAUCGCCCGCUUCUUGGGCCCUGUUGCGGCCCGGUUUUUGCUGGAUUUCGGCGGCCGGAACAUCUACGCGGUUGUGCAGUUCCUCCUGUGCUUGCUGGCAGCCAGGAGCGUGUAUCACACCGUCUCACUGGUUUGGACAUCAAGGGCUUGA